AGCGGAGGCACCCACCCGGGGCUGCUGCACCGCGGUCCCGCUCCGAGCCGGGCCGGGGGAGGAGCCGGGAGCCGGGAGCCGGGAGUGGGGAGUGGGAAGCGGGGCUGCUCCGCCGCUGGUUGCCGUCCGGGAGCGGGCACCGGAGCAGCCCCCCGAGCCAUGGCCGCGCCUCGGCAGGAAGAGGGCUGGGACCCCCCAGUCGCAUCCCCGCAGGCACCGGUGACAUUCGAGGACGUGGCAGUGCGGUUCUCAGCAGAGGAGUGGGAGCUGAUGGAGGAAUGGCAGCGGGAGCUGCACCGGGAGGUGACAGAGGGGACAUCCCAGCUGCUGGCAUCCCUCGGACCCCCCAGCAGCCCAGCCCUCGCUGCCCUGGUGCGCCUGGUGAAGGAGAUCCCCGAGUUUCUCUUCGGUGGCCCCAGGGCUGAUGUGGAGCCGGGUGCCAACACCAGCGGGGACACUGAGCGGAUGGGCGUCAAUGGUACCAUGGAGACGCCAUCCGAGAGCUGCCUGCUCCGCAGCCUGGAGAGGUGCCUGGAGGAGCUGGCGGGGAUGGGGGUCUGACCCCUCUGUUCCCCCAGCAAGCAGCCUCUACGGCCCCACUGAGAGGCAUCAGGAAGAGCCCGGUGGUCCCCGGCCUCUGUGUGAGAGGCUCUCACUCAGAGCAUGGCACAGCAUGGCACAGCGUGGUGUGACAGGACUCGGUGCUGGUUUCCAGCAUCUGCGGUGGCAGUUGGAUGGAGCUGCCUGGACCCUGUGCUUGGGGGUGCGGGUACCACCGGAUGUCCCCCAUGGGAAGCAGCAGGGAUGUGCUCUGUGCCCGGGAGUGAUGGCAUGCCUUGGGC